GGGGAGGUCGGAAGGGCUUCAGACUCCACCGCGUACCAUCUUCAUCAUCUGACAAACAGGCUACACUGUAGAAUAGCUACUAUCAUGGAAGAAAGCCCCUGUCCGCCUCGCCGAGCGCUGCCCGAUGAGCUCGACCGUCGUACAGGAUCAGACCAUCCUCCAUGUGAGGUCCGCAUUGCUCUCCAGGACCAACGGGGCCGCUCGCACUGACGCUCGCGCGCGCCGUUAUCUACAUUCCAGUGCUCCGCCAUGGCUCGAAGCUCCGUACACGUUCCCCGCUACCGAACACACCUGAUGUUCAUGAAACCGGGACCUCCACUUACAGG